UCUCUGCUCUCUCCGCUCUCUCUUCUUUUACCGGCCCGGUACCGAAGCUGCGGGGUCCCGCGGGCCGGGUGGGGGGUCCGGGGCUCCGGUACCGGGCUGCUGUGGCGUUGCGGCCGGUGAGUCGGUAACUAACGGCUGUGUCUGUCUCCGCAGCAGGAAGGGCUGGACGACGGACCCGACUUUCUCUCCGAGGAGGACCGGGGGCUGUAGGAACUACAGACAACAGAGAGGCUCAUGGGAUAUGUGGUUCCUGUGUGUGCAGCCGCGGGCCAUCAAUGUGGAUCUGCAGACGGACGCCACACUGCAGGUCGACAUCUCCGAUGCCCUCAGCGAGAGAGACAAGGUCAAGUUCACCGUCCACACCAAGAGCACGCUCCCCAACUUCAAGCAGAACGAGUUCUCGGUGGUGCGACAACACGAAGAGUUCAUCUGGCUGCACGACUCGUUCGUCGAGAACGAAGAGUACGCUGGAUACAUCAUCCCCCCUGCCCCUCCCAGACCAGACUUCGAUGCGUCCAGGGAGAAGCUGCAGAAACUCGGGGAGGGAGAGGGAUCCAUGACCAAGGAGGAGUUCACCAAGAUGAAGCAGGAGCUGGAGGCAGAGUACCUGGCCAUCUUUAAGAAGACCGUCGCCAUGCACGAGGUCUUCCUGUGUCGUGUGGCGGCUCAUCCCGUCCUCAGGAAAGACCUCAACUUCCACGUCUUCCUGGAGUACAACCAGGAUCUGAGCGUACGAGGGAAGAACAAGAAGGAGAAGCUGGAGGAUUUCUUUAAGAACGUAGUGAAGUCUGCUGAUGGCGUGCUGGUGGCCGGAGUCAAGGAUGUUGACGACUUCUUCGAGCAUGAGAAGACGUUUCUGUUAGAAUAUCACAACAGAGUGAAAGACGCUUCGGCCAAAUCUGACAGAAUGAUCCGCUCGCACAAAAACGCUGCAGACGACAUCAACAGAAUCGCCUCGUCUCUCUACACGUUGGGGACGCAGGACUCCACAGACCUUUGCAAGUUCUUCCUCAAAGUGUCAGAGCUGUUUGAGAAAACGAGGAAAAUCGAAGCUCGAGUGGCAGCGGAUGAAGACCUGAAGCUGGCUGACCUGCUCAAGUAUUAUCUGAGAGAGUCUCAGGCUGCUAAGGACCUGCUGUACCGGAGGAGUCGGUCUCUGGUGGACUACGAGAACGCUAACAAGGCUCUGGACAAAGCUCGGGCCAAAAACAGAGAUGUCCUGCAGGCCGAAACCAGCCAGCAGCUCUGCUGCCACAAGUUUGAGAAGAUCUCCGAGUCCGCCAAGCAAGAGCUCAUAGACUUCAAGACGAGACGAGUUGCAGCAUUCAGGAAGAACCUGGUGGAGCUGGCAGAGCUGGAGCUGAAACAUGCCAAGGGGAACCUCCAGCUGCUGCAAAGCUGUCUGGGCGUCCUGAAAGGAAACACUUAACUGUGCAGCCCCGCCCCCAUGUCUGGACACGCCCCCUGACACAGCCCAGCCCAUCGAUAUGGACACACCCACUGUGGGCGGAGCCUGGACGGAUGAAUGACACCGAAAACUCUGGACCUGAGAGAGAGAGAGAGAGAGAGACAGGAAGUCUGGCGUCUUCAUUGUUAACCACAAACCGUCCUCAUCUUCAUCCUCCGCUUCCUCCUCCUCUCCCUCUCUCUAUCCGGCCUGCACUGGUUCUACUGGUUCUACUGGUCCCCUAUCAGACUUGAAGCACCUGUACUGGUUCUACUGGUCCCUUAUCAGACCUGAAGCACCUGUACUGGUUCUACUGGUCCACUAUCAGACCUCAAGCACCUGUACUGGUUCCACUGGUCCCCUAUCAGACCUCAAGCACCUGUACUGGUUCUACUAGUUCCCUAUCAGACCCAAAGCACCUGUACUGGUUCUACUGGUCCCCUAUCAGACCUCAAGCACCUGUACUGGUUCUACUGGUCCAGCAGAGCCAAUGUGAUCAGCCUUUUGUCUCCUGAGUGACACCUUUAUAAAAACUUUCACACAAACAGAAGAAACAAAAUGUUUUUAUUCACAUUAAACUGGUCCUGGUGCCAAUUCAGGUCCUGGAAAAGUUAAAAUAUCUAGACCUUCAAAAUAAAAGUAUUUAAUUAAAUUAGAAAUUGUAAUCAAAGUCAAAGUUGCAACAAAAUGAAUCGAUCAGACGGAUCAAUAUGGAGCAGAGCAGCUUUUGAUCAGCUAUUGAACAGGUAUAACUGCAUUUUUUUGCAUAAUUUUUUCACUUGGUUCUCUAUCGUCUUUGACCUUUGACCCUUAUGGUUCCACAGAGCGUUGAUAUCAGAUCAAUACCAGACAAAUCAAUAUGAAUCAAUAGUCUGACGAGGUAGCCUCAAGCUAACACACCAACUAUACGUCUUCACUCUGACCUUUGACCUCUGACGCCCAACUGAAUCACAUGAAGGUCACUCAGACGACGAGCUGCCGCCUCGUCUCACGAGUCUAAACACAAAGUCUGCAUCAUCAUCCUGAGAUAAUAUGUUAUUAAGAGAUAAUAUCUGGCUAUUAAGAGAUAAUAUCUGAUUAUUAAGAGAUAAUAUCUGAUUAUUAAGAGAUAAUAUCUGAUUAUUAAGAGAUAAUAUCUGUUAAAAGAUCAUUUCUGUUAAGAGUGUCAGAUUAUUAAGAGAUAUCAGUUAACAGAUAAUAUCUGGCUAUUAAGAAUGAAGAGAUAUUUUAUUAUCUCUUAAUAAGCAGAUAUUAUCUCUUAAUAACAUAUUAUCUCUUAAUAUCUGCUUAUUAAGAGAUAUCUGUUAUUAAGAGAUAACAUCUUGUUAAUAUCUGUCCUCAUUAUCUCCUUCUGUUGUCUGUUGUGUUAUUUUGGCGGUGUGUGUGUGUCAGGGGUGGUUUUAAUGUGUCGGUGAACUUCCUGUGCUGCUGCUGUGUGACGGCUGUCGGUUCCCGUUCUUAUUAAAGUGUAUGUCACUAAAUAAAAGAAGCCUUGUAUAUGUUUGUAUUAGUUAACUAAUGAACGCUAAUCAUCUUCAACUUCAUCUUCGUCACUAACAGUAGCUCGUUCUUUCUGAUCAGCUGUUUGUCGCCGCGGAGCUUCAGUCUGUUUGCCUUAACGUCGAUCAGUCGCUUCGUUUGAUGCCCUGUAAAGAAAAACUUUAAAUGUUUCUGUUCAUUAUUUUUUAAAGUGCACUGUAUACGAAUGUUUUUUCACUCUUAUGUGACCAAAGCUUCCAUUUCUGAUUCAAGAUGGAGACGUGAUGAAAAUAAAAAGAAUAAAACAGAAGAUUUAUGAAACUUCAGCAGGUCUGUAAUCCACCUGGUCAUACUGAGACUGAAUAAAACUUUACGGACACUUUUCUUACAA